AAACUAUAUUUAACCUCAAAUUUGGUCAAAAAAUAAUUUUAUUGAUUGUUUGAGAUCACAAACGUUUAGCCGACGAUCCGUACUUAAAACGUUAAAAUAUUAAUUGUAGAACAUAUUAAUAUCAAAUUUACAUCAAUAACUUCAAGAUUGGCGAUAUACCUAAAAGGUACCAGAACCUAGAUGAAGUAAUAGUUUUUAAAAUGGCGAAUGCAUUGAAGGAAUUGCAGAAAAAGGUCCAUAGAUGUUGCACAUGUAGCUACCAAACGACAAGGAAGUCCAAUUUUAACGACCACAAGAAAAUUCACUUGGCACCUGGAGAACGACAGAUAUUUGUUUGUCUGCAUUGCGACAAAACAUAUACAAGAAAACAACGCUUACAACACCACCUUCAGAAUAAUCAUAUUGAUUCAAGGGCGAAGGCAUUGAAGGAAUCGCAGAAAAAGAUCUAUAGAUGUUGCACAUGUAGCUACCAAACAACAUAUAAGUUCAAUUUUAACAACCACAAGAAAAUUCACUUGGCACCUGGAGAACGACAGAUGUUUGCUUGUCUGCAUUGCGAUAAAACAUAUACAAGAAAACAGCUCUUACAACUCCACCUUCAGAAUAAUAAGAUUGAUUCAAGGGCGAAGGCAUUGAAGAAAUCGCACAAAAAGGUCUAUAGAUGUUCCAUGUGUAGCUACCAAACGCCAUAUAAGUCCCAUCUUAACACACACAAGAACACUCACUUGCCACCUGAAGAACGACAGAGGUUUGCUUGUCUGCAUUGCAACAAAACAUAUAUACAAAAACAAGGCUUACAAUGGCACCUUAAGUAUCAUCAUACUGAUCUGAGAAAUGCUGAUGAUUGUACAUCUGUAACUGAUGAAGUGAUAUUAGAUUCUUUAAAAAUUGAAAUUGAUGAUCACACUCCACUUAACGAUGAGUUUAAAAAUACUGAAUGUCAUUUUGCAACUAAUGAACUAAAAUCAGAAGAUCUUUUAAAAUUAGAACCUGAUGAUGUCGCUCCGAUUCAGCAUAAAGACUUGCAGGAUGACUUCAAAAAUACUGAAUGUCUUAUUGCAACUAAUGAACUAAAAUCAGAAGAUCUUUUAAAAUUAGAACCUGAUGAUGUCGCUCCGAUUCAGCAUAAAGACUUGCAGGAUGACUUCAAAAAUGGCGAAAAUUUAUCUGUCGCUAAAAAGGUGAAGUUGGAAGAUUUUAUAAAAAUGGAACCUGACAAUAACGACUGACGAUAAUAAUGGGUACUUACAUUAUUAGAAGAUUAAAAGAGGCUUUAAGGAACACAAUAAACUCAAAUAGUGCACAGAAAAAUCAUGUUUUCUAUAAAAUAUCAGAAAAAUUGUAAGAGAUACAUAACCAUUGCCUGGAAACUUAUAUGGUGAAAUUUUGAUAAAAUAAUUUAGUACACACUAAAAACACGGUAUGUCGC